AUGUCUACAAAAAGUUGCAUUGACUGUAGAGAAAAGGACUCAGAAAUAAGAGAUUUAAAGGAAAAGGUUGUGAAGUUGGAGAUGGAAAAAGCAGACUGUAGAGAAAAGGACUCUGAAAUAAGAGAUUUGAAGGAAAAGGUUGCGACACUCAGUAAAUAUGCCAGCAAGUUGGAGAUGGAAAAGGCAAAACUUAUACAUCAAAAGGAGUCACUGGGCUACAGGAGCUCCUCUAGAUUGGAAGACAUGGAUACAUCUGAAUCAGAAUAUUUGGAUGAUUCAGAUGAUGAUGAUUGGAGUCAGAAGAAGAAGAAGAAGAAGAAGAAGAAGAAAAACCUGUUAAGAAAAGGAUUUGUAGAACAAGUGUAG